GUUUAUUAUUUCAGCUUGCUCAGAUUGUUUACUGUUACCGUACGUGUCUAAUGCUGAUGCUGUAUGAUUGAAACUUCGGUUUCGAAAUGUUUGGCAUAGUAGUAUCAUUUCCAGAUGCUUGAAAGCUUGUUUUGAUGAAAUCUCAUAUGGGAGAAUCAGAAUCUUUACCUACAUCUAAUCCUGUUUUUAUUGUGAUAAUGAGGAAUUCUCGAGGAAAAUUAUUUGUAUAUGUUGCUGUUCUUGGGGUCCUUUGCUUUAUUGUAUUUAUGCUAAGUAGUACACAUUCUAGUUUAAAAGAAUUAGAAGGCAUCAAUGAAAAAUGUCAACAACAAAGAGAUUCUUUAUCAGCACAGCUUCAAGUUGUGUAUGAACAUAAAAAUCGAUUAGAAAAAUCACUACAACAAGAGAAAACAGAUCAUAAGCAGACUAAAGAAGUGUACGACAGACAAGUUCAUGAGUUAGAAUUCAAGCUGCAAGAAGAAAAAGACAAGGAUCAAAAACUUGAGGCUCAGGUUUCGCAGUUGAAAACAAAUUAUGCAGAGUUGGAAGAUGACAAAACACAGGCGGAAAAUGCUUUAAAAGAACAGUUAAAGACUGUACAAAGCCAAAAGGAUGCUGAAAUAGAAAAGUUACAGACUCACAUUAGUGAACUUUUGAAUGAAAAAGAUAAGUUGGAGAUGUCAAAUAAUGCAUUUGUUUGGAAAUUAGAACAACAUGCAAGUGAAAAAAAUUUAUGCCAGUUACAACAGCAACAAAUACAAAAUGAACUGAACACUUGUCAGGAAUCAUUGAAAACUCAUAAAAAUACACCUAACAUCCUUGAGCCAUCAAAAAAGGAUGAAAAAAAGGUUGAUGAAAAGAAGAACGCAGAAGAAAAUGAAAUUAAAAUUGAUGACAAAGCUGAUCAAGGCCAGCUGCCUAUUCAAGAGCCCAUGCAGGUUGAAGAGCAGAAAGAAAAAGAAAACAGAACAUCUCUUCCCGUCAAGUCUGAAAAAUCUAAUGUUUUGGAGAAGCCAAAUGUUCUCCCCGCCCAUGCUGCUGCUGGUGAUGGCGUUCUUCCGAAACCUCUCGAUGAAAAAGACGAGGCAAAUAAAGAGAUUGAUGCCGCUGUGGAACUAAUGGACAAAGAUGACAAAGCACCCAAGAAGGCACUCUCCGACCAAGCUGAAGAAAAAGAUCUUCAAAACAAAAUUGAAGCUUUGAAUGAUGAAACAAAAUUGUCCCACGACACAUUGGACACUGGACUGAAAAAGGACAAUGCUUUGGCAAGGGACUUGGAGAACCAUCCUCAAGUUUUGCCUCCAAAUAACUUUGCUGACAAUGCAAUUGAUAAAGAUGACCAUGCUGCUGAAAGAGGAGAAUAUGGUCCACAGUAUGCAGUCGGUGAUGCAAAGCAACAAGUUGAAGUCCCAGACAUGGGAAAAGAAAGCAAGUUGAAAAAUGUUUUGCCUCUUCCUGCUCAAGCAAAUAAUGAUCUUGCAGAUGCUCAAAUGCAAGACAUGAUGAAUAAAUCUCCCGGCGAAGUUAACAAUCCAGAUUCCUUGCACAUGCCUCCUCAUGAUUUAGGCGCUAUUGAUAAUAAGAUACAGGAUCUCAAGAAUGGAGAAUCAUUUUUGCAUAGGGGCGCAGAUGCUCACCAUGUAAUGGAUGAUAAAAAUUACGAAGAAGAAGAUGAUGACCGUGAUAAUGAUGAUGAACCACUAAAUGUUGCUGCUGGUGGUGGUAUGAAGAAUAUAAAUGUUUUGCAAGACAAUGAUUUUGAUGACCAAGAAAAUCAAGACAAUGCUGACAAUGCUAAGGAAGUAGAGGGCGUUGUUGUAGCUCCUAAGUAAAGGUGAAAAAAUGUCUUUCCCCCUUGGACCUUUGAUGUUGUGACUGGUUAUACAUCACAUUUCCAAAACUUUUGACUGAAGCAUCAGCUUUGGUUUUAUGCACACCUUUUCGAGUGCCUAGAAACUCUGUGUUGUUAUGUGUGGAAAAAAACUAUAUAAAAGGAAAACUUUUGUCCUUGUAUAAAAGAUGUGUGUAAAGAAUCUAUCAAGGUUUUGUUCAAAAAUGCUGUGUGGCAUUUUUUUUUCUUUGUGAACAAUCAUGGCUGGGUAUAGUAUAAAAGGGUUUUGAUGUGAUUGAAAGUAUUAUCUUUUCAUGCAACUAUUUUAUAAAUUUCCUUUGGGCUAUCAAAGGCAAAUGGAUAAAUUUGCUUGUUUAUGAAGUGUUCAGCUUAUUUAACUCAUUUCAAUUGCUUUUCAGAACUUGUUGUUAGAAAUAUAUGAUCAAAAAAUGAAUAAUGCUUCUAACAACUGGUGUAGAAUAUAGCUUGUUGAAAAGUUUUUGCCAUUUUUUCUGUUCCUAAAUAAAAUUUUAAUUUAAAAUGUAGAAUUUGUACAAAACUAUUUCUCUAAUUCAUCAAAAGACGGUUUAAGAAAUGUUAUACAUUAAAAUCCAAAUAAUUUAAAAUAGUGUUUUGAUUUUGUAAUGUUUUCUGUUUGUUCUUUUUUUUUAAAAACAUUAUCGGUAUAAGUAUUAGCCCAAUAACUUGCCACUUUGAACUAAUAUUUUGCCGAUGAAAUUCUUUGAGUAAAAGUAUGAACAUGUUCUCAUAUUGUUUUGCAAAAUAUGUUUGCAAUUAAGAAAACAACAUUCAGGUGAUUUCUAAUGUUUUUGAAAUUUAUUUAAAUUUUAGCACAACUUGUUUUUCUAACUCCUAAUGGACAGUGCUAUUAUCCAUCUGCUAAUCAUUUUACAACUAGGACUGAAUUCUCAUAACUUUUCACUCACGUAAUUGCUACAGAUUUUAUGCAAAAAAUCUGAAAGUUUAAUUAUGCUUAAACUUUGUUUAAUUAUGCUCAAAUUUGUGUUUCCAAGAUUAUGUUAUUUUUCAAACAAUUAACAUUAUCUCAAGUAGGUUUCCUUUUAGGAACUAUUAAAAAGGAGUAAAUUUUGAUGUUGAAUAUUCAUCUAAAAGUUAUAAGUUUUUAGAAAAAUUAAAAAUUAGCGACCAAAUUUUAAAUUAGAAAGUGUUUUUGUCAUUUAUAUGGUAUGUAUUCAUGAAUGACUGUGUAUUUUCUAGUCACUAAUCUUGUAAAAGUAAUAUUUUUUUACUUAUCAUAUAAAUCAAAGAGUUUGCUAAAAUGCAUGUUACAACUUUUUUUCUGUUUUAUACUUCUGGCUGACAAAUUUCAAAAUUAUGACCUAACUUACAAGAUACAGAACUAGUGUUGAAACAGAAACUCUGGAUAUUGACAAGUAUCUUCAUCCAAUAGCCUGUAACUGAUGUAUAAAAGAUUCAAAUGGCUCAUAAAAUAUGAAUUGUGAGCAGAGUGAUUACAAGGUUAAAAGCAAAAGAAAUAUUUUCUUUAAAAAAUAUCCAUUUGUAGCUGUAGAAAUAUUUAUUCAGCUGCUUCUAUUAAAGGCAUGUCCAUGGGCAUAGCCAGGAUUCCUGUUUGAGAGGGGCAAGCACACUAAGGCAAUGGUUUUUAGUUUGCUCUCUUUUCCCCCUCUAGGACUGGACCAGGGAAAUAGCUUGAAAUUAAAGCCACCCCCCCCCCCCCCCCAAAAAAAAUGCUAUUAAUGGCCAGAUAAAAGGGAAAACGCAGUUGCACCAGAAAUUUUUUGAAAUUCAAGUCCUAAAAACGUAUUUUUAAAUUAUCUUUUGUGACAUUAGGGACGAACAUGAGGAUAAGCCCCUCUUCUAGGGAGGGGCAGUUGUCCCUCCCUGCCCCCCCCUCUGGCUACACCCAUGGGUAUGUCUAUUAAAUAAAAUUGUAAAAUACUCUUUUGUGAGCCAUUGGGUUAAUAACUGUGCAAUUUUUAAAUUUCAAUCAAAAUUUUUGUUACUAACGGAGAAAUUAUUUUUUAUAUGUUUCAACUAUAAAUAUUUUGUUUUGUAAAUAAUUUUAUGAAUUACAUAUUAAUGUUUAGCUCUGUAAUUAGUAUUUAAUGUUUAAUAUUAAUUAGUUGUAUCUAUUUAGGUGUAAGAUGGAAAUGCAUCAAUAGAAAAUUUUAACAUAUCAAAAACUUUUUGAAUCUGACGCUUUCCUAGUAUGAUGUUUUAUGCAUAUAAUCUAUUCAUGUAUUUUGAACAAUUACUAUUAAUAUUAUUUUCUUUUAUCAAAUUGAGAUGGAAAAAGUUAUGAUUGUAUGUUGCUUUUACAUGUUUAUGAUAUGCAAAAUGAAGUCCACAUAGAAUCUUAUUUUCAAAUCACUAGUAAGAGAAAGGUGCAGCCUUUAUACAUCCGGUUGUAAAUGCAUUAAAAUAUUGUCAAAAUAUUUAAAUGUUGUACUCUUCGGCAUGUGGUUUAUUUUGCAAAAGUUGCAUUUAAACUUUUAGUUACAUUUUAUGACGAAGCCUUUUCUAUGACAAAAUCAAACAAAUGAUGCCAUUUAAAGGUUCAAACAAAAACAUCAUUUUUAAAUUUUUUAUGAAAUACAUUUUAAAAUUAAAUAUUAUUAAUUAAUUUAUUAAAACCUUGUGCAUCAGUUUUCCACGUAUAAUGGAGUGAUGUGGUAUAUGGUAUGAGAAAAUUCUUAUGACUUUAAUGCUUUUCCACUUCUUUUGCAGAAUUGAACAGGAGGAGGGUGGGAGUUGCUUGGAGUACGUAAUGUAUGUUUCUGUAAUUAGUGGUAUCAAAAUAAUAUGUGGACUUAACUUAGCACUUGCAUAUUCUAAUUUAAAAUGCCUCAGAGACAAUCACUUAUAUAAUUUUAAUUAUUCAAUCUGUUUAAUGUAACAUCAUUAUGUAAUUGAAUCAGUUGUACCAAAAUUGACAUUGAAACCAUCUGCAUGUGUAAAUGCUGUUUUAUGAUCAAAUCUUGUUUCUGUGUGUACUUCAAAGAACACUUUCAUUAAAAAGUUAUUUUUACAAAACCAACUUUUUGUUCUUUAAAUGUAACGUUAGUGUGUGCAGUUAGCUGUGUUUCAAGGUUAAUGUUUUGAGAAGUAUUUUUGUAACUCUUGUUGUCCUCGGCUUUCUUUUGCCUGAAUGAGAAGCAUUGUUAAAAUCUGAAAUAAAUAAUGGAAGUAUUUGCAACCCUCUGCUAAGUGAAUGAUUAUUGUUCACCAAUUGCCCUUACAUUAAAAUCUCCAAUUAACUAUGCCAGUGGCAUACCUAGCAUGGGUGACACCCAUUGCGGUAAUUUUUGGUGUCACCCCCCCCUCCCCCCCAAUAAACACAAAAAAAAAAAAAAAAA